GAGAACCCGACCGUAGCGCAAAAAAGCGUCGCGGUUCCGUUGUUGUAGAGAGCAGCUGAGCACGGCCAUGAGCGAAGACGAGUCCAAGCCGGAAGCCCCGUCCGCCCAGGGGGAGGUUCCGAACGGCGAGCCACCGGGAGAGUCCAAGCCGGGAGCCCCSGGGGAGGAUUCCAAGCCCGACGCAGGAGGCCCGUCCGCGGAAAGCGAGCCAUCCAAGGCGCCCCCCGGGGAAGGGGCUCUCUCCCCGGCCAACGUGAAGGUCGARGAACCCCAGCCCCCCUCACGAUCGUCCCCCCCCGAGAGCGAGCGGGUUCCCACGCCGCCGCCCCCUCCCGGCGGGGACGACCGGGGCGAGGAGCCACAACAGCGCCCGCCRCAGCCGCCCCCCGAGGGCCCACCCGAGGACGAGGGCCACCCGGACCCGCGCAUGCCCCCGUACAUGCACGGGGGGCCUCCGCCUCCCUACGGCUACCCGCCUCCCCCCAUGCCCCACGGAUACCACGGGGGGGCCCCGCCGGACGGGGGAGGGGCCACCCCGCCGCCGGGGUACCCGCCCCCUCCGAGGGGAUACGACCAGGGGCCGUACGGGAUGCCCCCACCGAUGGCCUACGCCGGGUACCCUCCGGGCUAUCCACCGUACGGGGGUUACCCACCGCCCAUGGCCUACGGAUACCCGCCCUACGGGUAUCCCCCGCCGGAUCCGUCCAUGGGGGGGGCCUACCCACCUCCCCCCGGUCACCACGAGGAUCACGACGGCCCCCGUAUGGGGGGACCGCCCAGCCCCUCGAAGGUGGGCCGGGACGAGGACGACCGYAAGAUGAAGGAGGGCCACGAUCCCCACGGGGGACACCCGGACCACGAGCACAUGGGCGGCGAGGACGGCCGGAUGGCAAUGGGAGGAGACGAUCAGGAAGAAGAGGACAUUGUUCCGGGUGCCGUGACCGCGGGGCGCCUCAAAACCUACAUCAAGCCAAGGAUUCCGACCACCCAGGACGUCCUGGACCGCCGRGCCCGCAAGAACGCRCAGUCCCGUGCAAGGGCGGCCAAGCUGAGGGAACGGAUCGCCAUCAUCGARCAGAAACCGAACCAGGAGCGGAACGAGGAAGAGAUGCAGAUAUUCGCGCAGUACGAGAGCCGGAGGAAACGAAAGAACGAUCGCUCGAGGGAACGGGCCCUGGAGAAGAAGGAAGAAAUCGAUCGGAUCCUUGCCAAGCCCGAGAAAAAGCGGUCCAAGAUCGAGAAACAGUUCCUGGACAAUGCUCUCUCGGCAAAGAAGCGAAAGAACGAGGGAGAUCGACUGCGCCGGCAGCGUCUGAAAGAAAUGGGCCUGGCGGCAAAGGGCGCCGCAAUGAAGGCUGCGGCCAUGGCGAGGGCCGCCCGGCACGGGUACCCGACGUAUCCCCCUCCUCCCUACGGCUACGGCGGGCCACCCAUGUCUCCCAUGCCCAUGGGAUACGGRCAGCACCCACACAUGCAAUCCCCGGGGGGCUUUGGGUCCCCCCCGCCCGGCAUGUAUCMGAGCCCACAGCACGGAGGCCGACCCGGCGGGCCACCGGGGACACCCCAGGGCGGGAUGCCCUACAUGCCCCCGAGGGAAGCCUACGAACAGCACCCGGGAAACUCGCCCUCGCAGUAUCCAAAUCCCCACGGUCCGGGCGUCGUCCCCGGCAGGGUGGAACAGCGGCGCCACGCCGAUGGCUCCAUGAGCAUAUCGAUCGGGGGAGGAGCCGGUGGAGAGGGAGGCCCGCCGGAGGGAGGCGGGGGAGACCCGAACAUGGCCGACGUCUCUCACCUCCUGAUGUACGACAACGCGGAGGGMGGCGACGGUCCACCGGGUGGCGCCGGCGGAGAGGGAAAAUAGGAACGAACCCAAACCAAAAAGGAACACCGCGCCGCUGCGCGUCUGGUGAAAUCCAAAGGAGACGCCAGACAARAAAGAAAACACCAGCGGUAGGCAAGAAAGAAUCGAUCAACCGUGCGAUCGAAUCGUAUCGAAUCAAAUUGAAUUGAAUCG